AUUUAUAAUACAGUCCACAAUGGAUGACUUGCCUUCCAUUGUGGGUGUGAGUGCGCGAUUGGUGCGCGAGGUGGUGGCCGAGGUGCAGCGGGCGUUCCCCGACACGUAUCGCAAAGUGUCGACGCGCGAGGUCUGUGCUCGUGUGGUACUGCCAUGGACUCGCGCGCGAGCGUGUGCCCUUGUUGACCUGUAUGACGACAAGGGACAGGAGUAUGUGGGGCAGGCUAACGUGUUUGUGUCGCACGGCUGGGACUGCUGCGCCAUGGACGUGCUCGACACAAUGCUCGACUUUGCCUCCAACGAGCAAACUCAGCAAGACACUGCGCGUCCCAUCUACUUUUGGCUGGAUAUCUUGGUUUGCAACCAACAUGUAUCAUCGCCGGAUUCGAGGGCAUGGUGGGGCUCCACCCUGGAGAAAACAAUUGGCGAGAUUGGCCAAGUACUUCUGGUGCUGAGUCCGUGGCAUGAUCCUGUCCCGCUGACGCGUACAUGGUGCUUGUGGGAGGUGUUUUGUUGCCUGAUGCACGAGAGCGCAGCACUUUCCAUUCGGGUUCCCAGCACGCAGCGAUCUGCGUUGAGGAACGCUAUCGUGCGCGACUACCAGGCGAUCAUGGACACCCUGGUGCAUGUGCGUGUGGAAAACGCCACUGCAUCUCGGCCCUUGGAUCAGGAGGUGAUAUGGGAGGCAAUUGAGCAGCAGGGCAACGGCGGUUUUGCACGGCUCAACAAGACAGUGAAAGACGAGAUGCGUGCAUGGUGCUUGCGCCAAGUGGAGCAGUUCGUGACGGAGAUGGAGGCGGAGGCAACCGAGCCAACUGACACCUUCGUGGAGCUGUGCAGACAAGCGAGCUUGGUGAUGUGGAGGUUCUAUGAGCAUGACAAGGCCACCCGCUUUGGUGAACUGGCUCUGGCGAGCGCCAUUCGGCUAUUUGGACCGAGACACGAGCGAGUGGCGGAUGUGUGCCACGACCUCGGCCUCAUCCACAACAGCAAGCAGGACCACCAAGGCGCCAUAUCGUACUUUGAGCGGGAGCUUGGCAUGUCCAGGAACCUGAGGAAUCGCAAGUCGCGCACGUCCGAGGCAACGACGCUUGGGUGCCUUGGUCAGGCAUAUGUGGGCCUGGGCCAGUAUGACCGCGCGAUUGAACUGCACAAGAAGGCCCUUCGCAUCAAGGUGGCAGAGCUGGGCCAGCUACACGAGCUCACGGCCAUCUCAUACCAUGACCUCGGUGAAGUGCACAAGCGGAUGGGGGAGCACCACGAGGCGGUGGCGUGUUUCGAACAGGCGCUGCAAGGAAAACUGGCGGCGCGAGGAGAGAGGCAUCCGCAGACUGCCGUGACACUGGGGGCCUUGGGUAAGGCCUACACUGCCAUCGGACAAUACGCCCGAGCUGUGGAGUACUUGGAGCAGGCGUUGCGCAUUGAAGAGGAGACGCUUGGCGAGGAGCACCUGUCCACUGGAGUCACGUACCAUGCUCUUGGUGCGGCAUGUCUUCACGUUGGCGACUACGCCCGUGCUGUUGAGUACAACCAGAAGUCCCUUCACGUGCAGUUGCUGAAGCUGCCGGAGAACCACUCGUCCUUGCCCUGGUCGUACAACAACAUGGGGCUGGCUUACUUGUGGGGAGGCAGAUAUGAUGAGGCGCUCACGUGUUUGAAGCGUGCCCUCAACCUGUCGACUUCAGCUGCGCCUACCGCAGACGUUGCCACCACCCACCACAAUAUCGGCUUCUUGUACCACCAGCUUCAGCGACCGCACAAAGCUGUGCCGUACUUUGAACGUGCCAUCGAGAUCCGGCGUGAGGUACAAGGGGCGCAGCACGUGGACUUGGCAAACACGUACAGCCGAUACGCUGCCGUGCUGCUGUCGCUGGGUGAGAGUGAUCGGGCUAUUGCCAUGUGCGAGGAUGCGGUGAAGAUGUGUCUUUGCUCGGUUGGGGAGACGCAUCUUGCGACGGCGGUGGCCUACGGCAGUAUUGGUGACGCGUACAGCUGCAUUGAUGAGCAUGCGACGGCACUGGCGUAUUUGCGGAAGGCGAUUGAGCUGAAAGAACAGCUUCUGGACAAGAGCCACCCCCGCACUGCCCUAGCGUACAUGAGCCUUGGCGUGGCGUACGCUCGAUGUGGCCACUGUGAUGCUGGUCGCCCUCUCCUGGAGAAAGCCGUUGCAAUUCUUGUGGCACGUCUCGGCGAGGAGCAUCCACACACGCAGCGUGUGCAGCAACAGCUAGCGACCUUGUAGUCCACGGCACUCGCUGCGUGCGUAUGUUCGUGCGUGACUUUGUGUGCGUGUGUGUGAAUGUGUGUGUGUGUGGGGUUUUUUGUGGGCUCAACGUCGUGUCUCUGUCGAUCAUACAGACUGUUCAUACUUUUCCAAACUCGUUUGCAUUGGUUCAUUAACGAUCCACCUGGUUGAGGCAGGGGGGGGGGAGAGAGGGAAGCUUUCAUAAAAUA